AUGGUCUUUCACUGCGUUGUUUACCAGUGUUCUAAUCGCCAAGGCGAGAAAGCAAAGGGCAAGGGCAUAAGUUUUUUCAGAUUUCCAAAAGGCAGUAAGAAGAGAAAGGCUUGGAUUCGUGCGAUUAACAGAGAUGACUGGGCACCGAACGAAUACAGUCGGAUCUGCUCUGAACAUUUUGUAGGGGGGUGGCACAGCGACGAAGUGGAGGAUGAGAACUAUAUACCAACAAUUUUCACCUACAAAGAAAAACCGCAAACUGACUCUGACGUCGCUAGGGAAGAGAGAAAAUGCAGAAGAAAUUUGCAGCAGGAAAUUAAUGAAGCAGAAGCUAGGGACAGACGUUUAAUGCAGCAGCACCAUGAAUUUAGCUUAUACACCCACAGCUAUUGCUGUUUGCAACCCCCAGAGUCAGACUCGCAGGAUAUGAACAACAACAGCACCUUCGUACCAGAUGAGACAUUAAAAUUAGAUGACAUUGACAUAAAAACCUUUAAUGAUAAAGGUGUACAAUGUGACCCUGACCCUCUACUGGAGGAGAACCUUGCCCUGAGGAAAGAGUUGGAGGAUCUCAAGAGAGAACGUGAUCGGCACAAAUGGAGUGCAGAGAAGAUUGCCAAUGAUGAUGGAAAGACCAAGUAUUACACUGGGCUACCUUCCUUUGCAGUGUUCACCUGGCUUUUCAAUUUCCUGAGACCUAAGGCAGAGAGAAUGAGGUAUUGGGUUGGUUCCAACACAGACCAGGAUUCAGACAGACAGAGAGUAUCAAUAGGCUCAUUGGGAUUGAUCGACCAGUUAUUUGCUGUUCUCAUCAGAUUAAGACUCGGCCUCUUCACAUCAGACUUAGCUUACAGAUUUUGUAUUUCAGAGAGUACUUUUUCGAAAUACUUUUCCACCUGGAUUUCUUUACUCUCCUGUGAACUUAAGUCUCUCAAUCCAUUUCCUACUCGAGAUAUUAUUGAUAGAACUAUGCCAUUAUCUUUCAAAGCUAAGUAUUCUUCUGUUAGAGUUAUACUUGACUGUACAGAGCUUUUUAUACAGAGGUCUUCAAAUCUUGAAAAUCAGAGUUUAACAUAUUCUAACUAUAAACACCAUACAACUGUGAAGUUUCUUGUUGGUAUCACACCAUCAGGUGUUAUUUCUUUUGUUUCUGUAGGCUGGCCAGGUAAGAUAUCAGACAGAGAACUGACAAUGAAUUCAGGUAUCUUAGAUUUAUUAGAUGAAAAUGACAGUGUCAUGGCUGACAAAGGCUUUACAAUAAGAGAUCUGUUGGAAAAAAAGAAAUGUAAAUUGAACAUACCCCCAUUUAGAGGUGUUAGUCCACAGUUUUCACCAGAUGAGGUAUUUGAAACUCAGGAGAUAGCUUCUUUAAGAAUUCAUGUAGAGAGGAGCAUAGGUAGAGUGAAAAAUUUUCACAUUUUAGAUGGUGUUAUGCCUCUAACCUUGAAACCACUUAUCACCAAGAUCUUUCAGGUUAUUUGUUGGCUUACAAAUCUGGAUGUUCCACUUGUUAAUAAUUAAUAUUUGUACAUGUAUUUAUUCCAAAUAUACAUUAUAGUGCACUCAUUUCAAAAUUGAUUAUUGUGAGUUAUCAAUUUCAAUACAUGUUUAAACUAUAUAUUUUUCUUACAUGCAAUUACCGGAUAUCAUAUUCUCAGCUUAUUUGAGGUCUUAUAAUUUGAAUGGAAAAAAAAUUUAAUUUUACUAGAAGAACUUUGAUGUGAAUUCCUGUUCUACAGUGUAUUAAAGAAUGAAGGAGUAAUUAAAAAGAUAUUAAAUUAAAAUUAAGAUUAGUACCUACAAAUAACAAAUAGAGGUUGGCUGAUAUUGUGAUCAAAUUAAUAUUUCAAGGUAUUUGAUAUUUUAUCAUUUUACUGUCAUACCAAUGUUGAAUACGAACAUUUUUUUGCAACUCUUUAUAAAUAAUUGUGAAGUGAAUAUUGUAAACUUUUUAGAAAAGGCAUUUAUAUCUUAUAAAAUUCUUAAUCCAACGGAUGUUAAACCAACAAGAAAUAUUUGUAACUUCAUAUGUCAUGCAUCUAACAUAAGACAGUGACUAGAUUUGAAUACUUUAUUUGAAUAUGUAUGACUCUUGCCACAUGUGGGUUUUUUUGUCAAUAAAUAAAUAAAGUUAAUUAAAAAUUUCA